CCCAACUACAGAAAGAUGCGCAAAGCACCAUGGGACUUCCUUUCACUCCGAGGCCAUAUUGGAGUUAACUCACAGUUGGCCGGACCGGACUAACUCACAAAAUGGUGGCCGCAAAGAAGACGAAAAAGUCCCUGGAGUCCAUCAACUCCCGGCUCCAGCUGGUGAUGAAGAGUGGCAAAUACGUCCUGGGAUAUAAGCAGUCCCAGAAGAUGAUCCGCCAGGGAAAAGCCAAGCUGGUCAUCCUUGCAAACAACUGCCCCGCACUCAGGAAAUCUGAGAUUGAAUACUACGCUAUGUUGGCCAAGACUGGUGUGCACCACUACAGCGGCAACAACAUUGAGCUUGGUACAGCCUGUGGAAAAUACUACAGAGUUUGCACUCUGGCCAUCAUCGACCCCGGCGAUUCGGACAUCAUCAGAAGCAUGCCCGACCAGCAGCCCCAGCCACAGUAAAGCUGUCCCCUGCCCCAUUGUUAUAAAUAAAGUCGGUGUAAACAGUUCA